GUCAUCGUAUUUACGUAAUAUUAUUGUAUACCGUUUACAAUAUUAUUUUUUUAGAUCUAACUUUUCAAUACAGUAUAUACAUUUUGCCCUAUAUUUUUGCAAUUUAAUUCUAUAUUGCUUAUUUAAUGAAAAAUAACUUUUUUGAUAAAUCGCUUUUCGUUCUUCGCAUUUAAUCUAGAAUAAACUAGAAGAGAGAAGCAUAUAGUAAUAAGUUAUUAUUUAUAUUGCUACUGCUUCACUAUUUCUUAUUAUUGCAGGAGUUAUUUCAGGGUCAUGUGAGAUUAAAAAAUAUGCCUGUGAUUACGCUAAAGCUUCACUGAUAAUGGUUAUGUACUCUUAUUUGCAACUCAUAAUGAUUCUAGCUGAAGUAGAGCAUUCAGUUGGAUUCUCUUAGUGAAAGGUACAAAAUUUAGGUGCUGGUUCCAAGGAAUAUAGACAUGGAUUACUAUGUGGGUGUUGAUGUAGGAACAGGAAGUGCUCGAGCUGCUCUAGUGUCUUCCACAGGAAAGAUACUGAAAAUGACGACAUGCCCACUUGAAAUUUUCCACCCCGCUCCUAAUUUUUAUGAACAAUCAUCUGAUAAUAUUUGGAGUGCAGUUUGCCAUGUAGUAAAGUCAGUUGUAGCUGAUAUCUCUGCAGAAUAUGUACGGGGUAUUGGCUUUGCUGCUACUUGUUCAUUGGUAGCAAUUGACAAAACAGGAUCACCAGUCACAGUUAGUCCAACAGGUAAAUUAACAAAUGAAUUGCAAUUCUUCUUUCAAUUGCACGAAAUGUUUGUUUACCAAUGGAAUUUUUAUUACAGGUGA